AUGAGGGCUUCCUCUGUCCGGGAGACCCAGCACGGCGAACAGCCCUUCCCUGAGCCUCACGAUCCUCGGCGUCACAGGCGCUGGGGGGUUAUUGCGCAGCCGGUCGUGAGACAGACAAUUCAGUUUGGGGGGGAUUCUACUUCUGGGCAGCCUGGUCCGGCGCAGCGUCCUGCGACGCAAGUAGGAGUACCACCAGCACCAGCAGGAGUAGCACCAGUACCACCAAGAGGACCAAAAGAAGCAGCACCAGGAGUAGCACCACCAGGACCAUCACCAAGAGUAGCACCAAGACCAGCAGCACCAGGAGUUGCACCAGGAGUCGCACCAGGAGUUGCACCAGGAGUCGCACCAGGAGUUGCACCAGGAGUCGCACCAGGAGCAGCACUAGGAGUAGCACCAGGAGCAGCAUCACGAGCAGCACCAGGAGUAGCACCAAGAGCAGCACUAGGAGCUCGACCAGGAGUAGCACCAGGAGUAGCACCAGGAGUAGCACCAGGUAUAGCAGCGGGAGCAGUAGCAGCACGAGGAUCAGCAGCACCAGGACCGGCUCUGCCUCAGCUCCCUCCUAAGCGUAGUGUGAGGAGAACGGUGGUGGGAGGGGAGGAGGAGGUGCAGUCAAGCAUGGAGAGUUUGCCUGGUGCAGGAGCACCAACAACAUCAGCAAAAGCCGGUGCUCCUCCGAUCCCGCUUAGGGCUACUACGCAGAAGGCAAGAGAAGAGGGGCAGUCAAGCGUGGAGAGUUUGCCUGGUGCAGCAGCACCAAGAAGAGAUGCUACUGCUGAGGGUGCUGCUUCGGGUGCUGCUGCAAAAGAUGACGUUCCAACUAGGGCAUAUUCUCCGGAGGGCGUGGCCAGCUUGAAUCUCGCCAUGCAGCCGGUAAUUGCAAAACUGUCGGACAGCUGGUAUUCCGUGCUGGGGGCGCUCCCUGGGACAUCACCAGAGCCGAACUGGGAUGUUGCAGAUGCGGUGCUGCGGCAAGCAGCAAUAGAUGUAUGGGAAGCACAAAGUGUUACUUUGCAUCGGGCUUUGAGCAAGGAUACGGUAUCUGUUUUCCAGGAUACUCUCAAGAAAUGCAAGGAUGGCGUCCAAGCCCUGCUAGAGGCCAUAGAACCACACUGGAUGAGAAGAAUCCAAGUUGACUCAGAAAGACUUAAGAAAAAGGCCGCUGCUCUGCAACAACAAAUGGAGACCCCGCCCCCCGCGGUGGCUCCUGACGCAGAUUCGCUGCUCUUUUCGCUGACACAGCUGAACAUGGAAGUCAACAGAGUAAGCGGACAUCUCCAACAUUUCAAAGACGUUGUGCAAGUGGCUUCACGCGUCCCGCCUCGAGUUGGCGCAGAGAUUUCUGCCCUCAGGGAUCAGGCGAACGAUGCUAUCGAAGGUAUCCGAAAAGCUGGAGACAGUUGCACCUACCGCUGGAUUGGCUGGAUUCAAAGGGGGUGGAAGGAUUUUGAUGAUCUUGCAGGAGCGAGCAAGCACUCGGAUGAGCUGGAUACAAAGCGCAGAGCGGACUUCACGUCUGUCAUCGAUCGCACACUAGAGGCAGCGCAAAGCCUCCAGCAAACCUUUGGCGAUUACGCCGCUCUUCAAGUGCUGUUUCAACUUGUGGAAGAAGGCAGAAAAAGCUUAGCUGGAGCAGACAAGCAGGAGGAGGCGGGGGAGGAGCAGCAGUAG